AUGUCAAGAAUACUUGAUGAAGGAGGCGCGGCAGCAACAUCUGAGCCAACUACAACAGCUUUCUAUAAAGAAAACAAAUUCGGGAAAGAAGAAAACAUAGACAGUUAUGAUGCAGUGUUGUUUACUGUGUGUGAUACUUUUGGUAGAGCUAGAGGAAAAUUUGCUUACCGCGACAAUAUACGAAAGUUUGCUCAACAUGGAAUGGAGACGCCGCACACUAAGUGUGUGAUGGGUUUUCAUAACGAGGAACCCCGGACACUUCCUCGAUACAACAACACAAGUUCCGUGACGUACAGGAUGUAUCCCGACUUGACAACUUUGAAACCCUUGGACUGGCUGUGUCAAGAUGGCUCAAAGGUUGGUCAUGUGUUAUGUGACUUGCAUAAUUCUAAAAAUGACAGAGAUCUGAGUUCUCCCCGAACUCUCGCCCUGAGACAACUGGAAAAACUAAAGGAACUGGGUUACCAGUUCAUGUCUGCUUUUGAGACUGAGUACACAAUAUAUCAUAAAGGAACAACAACUGCUUAUGGUGGCGACUACAAUGAACUGGUGAGUAUGGUGCGACUGGACACAGACAUCACAUUUUACUAUGACCUCAUGAUGGGGUUGCUGGCUUCAGGUAUUCCCGUGGAGACACAGAUGGAGGAACUGGGUCCUGGACAGAUUGAGUACUCAAUGAAACCUCUCUAUGGAAUUGAAACGGCUGACGCCACACACCGCCUUCGCUACGUCAGCAAAUCUCUGUCUGAGAGGUCUGGACUGGAGGCGACCUUUAUGACCAAACCCCUGGAGGAUUCUUCCAAUAGUGGAUUUCACUUUAAUCAUUCCUUGUGGACAAUCGACGGCCAAAAUGCCUUUUAUGAUCCAAAAGAUGACAACAACUGUUCCACCAUAAUGCGUCACUGGAUAGCGGGUGUGAUUCAUCAUGGCAACGCUCUGGCUGCUCUAAUGUGUCCAACAGUUAACUGUUACAACCGCCUGCAUCACCUGUUUGCUCCCAGUGACAACAUAUGGAACUACAGCGACAGGAAUGCCAGGUUACGUGUGAAAUGCAGGAGUCAAAACGUCUAUAUUGAAGACAGGAUGUCCUCGUCUGCCUGCAAUCCUUACCUGUGCACUGCAGGACUUGUGGCGGCAGGUAUUGAUGGUAUCACUCGACGUCUGGAGGCUCCCCCGCCACAGAUCUUCAGACCUUUCAUAUCUGGAGAUGAGAAGUCAAAGCCGCAAAAUCCACUUCCCAGGUCACUUGAAGAGGCUCUUCAGGCACUGGAGCAUGACGAGAUCCUAACACGAGAACUGGGAGAAGAGUUUGUACAGGACUACAUUGCUCUGUGUAAGGAAUUUCAAAUUGAAAGACUGAAGGAUGUCGUGAACAAAGAUCCUAGUCUGAAGUUUGAGGCUGAAAGAGAUUUGUUUUUUCAUACACUUUAG